UUGCUUCUUCAUCCGUUUGUGUGUAUCUGUGUGUGAGGUAGUGCACGCACGCUACAGAAGCUCGGUAGUUCAAACUAGCAACCAGCUGACUGCAUCUACCCACACGAUGCGUUGGUCUGCUCCUCACUUCUUUUCUUUCUGGCUGGCCCUUGGUGUGUCGGCUCAGAAUGCCACCGCGCCCUAUGAGCUUAAGACUCCUCCCCUCGAUACCCCCUGGACGGAGGAUGUUGGCACCGAGCCCUGGCCGGAGUAUCCGCGCCCGCAGUUGCAGCGACCUGAAUGGCAGAAUCUGAACGGCUUGUGGCAGUAUCGCAGGGCGGACAGUGUGGAUGCAGUGGACAAUCCCCCUUUUGGACAGGCUCUCUCCAACGAGGUUCUGAUCCCUUCCUGUCUGGAGAGUGCACUGUCUGGCAUUCAAGGCAAGAAUACCUUUUACUCCUGGUUCACUCGAAAGUUCACGGUGCCCGAAUCUUGGAGUGACGAGCAUGUACUGCUGCAUUUUGGCGCCGUUGACUACGAAGCCACUGUUUUCGUCAACGGCAAACAGGCAGGUUUCCACCGAGGUGGAUACUUUCAUUUCUCGGUCGAUAUCACCGCUCACGUAAACUUCGACGAAGAAAAUGAACUCUUGGUUUUUGUGCACGACCCCACCGACCAGCAAGGGCAUGUUAUCCCCAUGGGCAAGCAGACCCUGAAUCCCUCGCACAUCUUCUAUACACCCUGCAGCGGUAUCUGGCAAAGUGUCUGGAUUGAGCCGGCACCGGCGAACCAUAUCGUCCGGUUAGACCUGGACGCGAAUAUGGACGGUCAAGUUAACGUCACCGUGCACAGCGCCACCGGUAAAGCCACCGCCGUCAAGGUCGCCGUGCACGAGGGCGACGACGAGCUGACCUUCCAUGACGGUACCUCCGACAAACCGUUCCAAUUCGAGGUGGGCGAUGUCGACCUGUGGAGUCCAGAUUCACCAACGCUAUAUAAUGUCACCGUGCAGAUGGGCGCCGACGAGAUCACCAGCUACACGGGCUUUCGCACCAUCUCCAAGGGCAAGGUCAACGGCGUCUGGCGGCCCCUGCUAAACGGCGAAUUCACCUUCAUAUUUGGCACCCUCGACCAAGGGUACUGGCCGGACGGAAUCUACACCCCUCCCAGUCGCGAGGCAAUGGUGUACGAUCUAGAAGUGCUGAAAGAUCUGGGAUUCAACAUGCUGCGGAAGCACAUCAAAAUCGAAUCCGACCUCUUCUAUCGCGCGUGUGACGAGAUUGGUAUUCUGGUGAUUCAGGACAUGCCCUCUCCUCGUCCCCUGCAGUCAACCACCGACGCCGCCUGCAACAGCAUCACCAUCCUUCCGCAAGGGGCGGCUCAGCAGGAGUUCUCCCGGCAGUUGGAGCUGAUGGUCAAUCAGUUCAAGAGUCAUCCCAGCAUUGUCACUUGGGUCAUUUACAACGAGGGCUGGGGCCAGCUCAUCGAGGGAUACCCAGAGUUUGCCCUUACCGAACGUGUCAAGCAGUUGGAUCCCAGUCGUCUCGUCAUUGCUACCUCCGGUUGGAUUGAUCACGGUGCUGGCGAUUUCAGCGACAACCAUCAUUAUGCCAAUCCUCAAUGUGGAACUCCCUUCUACUCCCUGCAGUCUCCACCGUACGAUCCCAGUCGCAUCGCUAUCCAAGGAGAAUUUGGUGGUAUCGGUCAUAACGUCUCGAUUGAGAACCUUUGGAACGACCAAAAAGCCAUCAACGCCAUUAAUGAGACGUACGAGAUUGACGAGACUAUCGAUGCAUGGAACUACCGCAGUCACAUCUUGCUGUCCGAGCUGCAGGAUCAGGUGCGCCGGUUUGACUGCAGCGGAGGUGUAUGGACGCAGACCACCGACGUCGAGGGCGAAGUCAACGGAUUGAUGACCUACGACCGUCGGAUCAAGCGGGUAGACGAGGAGCAGUGGAAGGACGAUAUUCAGGGGCUUUAUGAUGCAGCCGAGAAACGGAUAAACGCGUCCAUGAUUGGAUAAACGGGGUAUUUUUGCGGUGUGAAGUGGUUACUAUUCUUAUGUCGGAAUCCGGCACAUGGAACAUGAGCACAUACUAGUUCAUGGUCACAUUUUGACCUACAAUUAUCAGGAAGCCGUUAGCGGUUUUCGAAUUUAGGAAUGUCUAAAUAGGCUCAUUAACCGAAACACGAGCGCCAUGGCUUUCCACUCAGACCACGAUUUCCUUACCAUUCGAGCUAUCCACGCCACGGCGUUUCCGCAUUUAGUCUAGAGAAGCUAGUUCCCAAUUAUCGUCAUUCGCUCAUUCUCGAGGUCACGGCAAUGGUUGAAAUAUGCUUCACAAGUAGUACAAAGAAAGUCCCUGUGUGCGGGAGAGAAACCGUUUCUUUUCAAGGUAUU